AUGAGCUCCCACGAAGAAAAUGUCCUGCCUCCCAUUGAUCCAUCCAUCUCCGAUGAGAAUGAUUGGUGGGAGUUCGGCUUGUCCGAUGUCAAGGUCUUGCGGCCAGGAAAGAUGCUUUACGCGAAUCUGCUUGAAGCGACUGAUGAGAACCCCGUGCAGGUAAUUGGUGAGCUGCAGCUCAACCCGAACCAGGAACACUUGGCACUCAACCCCGAUGCCCUCUCCAAACGAAUUAUUAUCGACGAAGUUACCCAUUAUGCCUACGGCCAAACAGAAGAUCGCAGUGUUGAGCUCUGGGUUGCCGGUAAGGCGGGGUGGUACCGGAUCUCGCCCGCCAAAGGCUACCUACCGCACUACAAUCGUAUGGUUCAGGCCGUGGACAUGUACUACUUCUUGAUGGACAAACAUCAAAAUGGGAAAAAGCAUAUCAAUCCUACGUUCAGGAGUUUGUGUGAGCAGUACGUCUUCCAUACGCAUGGUGACUGUGAGACAAGGGAACAAUCAGCUGAAGUGUUCGGGAUGCACGGUCCUUUUUUGCUUCGUUGCAUGGUCGAGGAUGACGAGGAUAUGGGGUGGAAUAAAACGCACGUCUUCAUUCACCUCCGUCGCAAAUUCAAGGAUGAAUAUAAGGAGAUCAUGGACCGGUUGUCCCCUCAGUCUGACAAGAGUGACGAGGAUGAAGAUGAGGAUGUUUCUCCAAUCACAACUCCUCGACACGAUCCAGCCUCAAUUGCCAAAUCACAAACAGAUGCUGUCUACCGCCUGAUACAAGAUUUAAAGGAAGAAGGCCAUUUGGCAAAACGCCGAUUAAACUUGGACUUGGUGUGUGAGCGAUUAUCUGAACGCUAUUCAUUUAGCAAGGAGAAUGCUAGUAAGAUCAUUGCCGCCAGGGCGGAAGCCGUUCUUGAAAAGUUAGAUGAGGAAGAAACAUCUGCGGUUCGAUGGUCUCGCUAUGUCAUCCACAGAGAACUCAAAUACGCUGCCUCUCAAGACGAACCUCUACCUCCAACUCUAUUGACACCCCUACAACCCAUCGAAGACUCCAGUGAUGACGAGGCUCUUACCCGGACUCAGAAGUCUGUGCUUCGUCCCAAGAAUGCCUCCAAGUCUGCGAAAGUGAUGGGUAAACGAAAUCGCAACUCAACUGCAGAUCAACAGGUCACACAGGAUGGUGAUGAUGAUGAUGAUGCGGACGAUGACGAUGAUCCAGACGCGAUGUCGGAUAUUGAAACACCUAGUAAAACCCGUGGACAUGAACUCAUUCGAACUCCACUGGCAUCUGCGAAACCAAAAAAUCGGACAAAAUCUUUCUUAAAUAAAGAUAGUCCCGCGGCUGCUCUCUUUAAUUCCAUUCUCCAAGAUACUCCACAACCCUCAAGCUCCCUUACUUCAUCUACUCUACCCAUUGCGAAGCCAGAUUUUGGCGGAAUCCCUCCCCUUCCCGAUCUGAACAACAAUAUUGAUCCCGACCCUCAACCCGAACCCGAGCCAGAAUCAGAGACCUGGACUUGCCGCAUGCAAGGAUGUCCUAUGGUUAUAAACACCAAGGGCGAUGAACGCCAAAAGGAGAUUGAACACCAUGCCGGUGAGCAUGACUGGGACACACAAAUGCGAGUUGAGCUCGUCGAAAAAGAACAGCGCAUGCAUACUGCUUUUCCCGUUAGCAAUCUCAUGAAGUAUUUGCUUAGCCAGCAUUACCAACAGAUGCGUGAAGCCUUCCCUGAAAUUUACACUGCAAAGAAUGGAAACGAUGAUAUCAACGGCAAUGCGAAUGGAACUGCUUCGCCUGAACACUCCGAGCCCAUUGAGAAUGGAAAUUCGGUUGUCACUCCAAGUCCCCUGUCCCCCGAGGGGCCUGAGGACCAUGCUAUGAAUGGCCAUGCAACUUGA